AGGAGUCGUCACGUGAUCACAACAGGAAGCGUGGUGCUCUGCCGUCGGUGUGUGUUUGAUUGAUCGGUGAUCAUCGAUCUCUAUGAGAAGACGCAGCUGCUGCUGUUUGAUCGCUGUCACCAUGGCAAUACUCCUCUUCAUCAUCUUCAUCUGCGGCUCCAUCAGCUCUCGCGUGAGAGUAGAGUCCAGGUCUCAAGGUGAGGUCAGGGUUUCUGGACGAGCGCUGUAUAAGCUGGACAUCUCCUGGCCCAAGAACCCCGAGGUCUUCAGCGGUCAGGUGUUCGGCGCGGCGGUCAAUCAUGUGUCCGGUCUGGUGUAUGUGGCUCAGAGAGGUGAUAACAUUCCUAAAGUGCUGGUGUUCAGUACGGAUGGAGACUUCCUGCAGGCCUGGAACACCAGCAGCCUGGAGAUGCCUCAUGGGAUCUUCCUGGCCAACGCAUCCACGGAUCCCACGGUGUGGAUCACAGAUGUGGGGAACGGGCCGUACGGACACACGGUGAAGCAGUAUUCUCCAUCAGGGAAGCUGCUGCAGGUGCUGGGAUCUCCUGGGAAAGCCGGAUCGUCUCUCAGUCCGCUCCAGUUCGACCAGCCGGCUGAAAUCUUCGUCCACAGCUCUGGAGAGAUCUACAUCGUGGACGGAGACGGCGGCAUGAACAACCGUCUGAUCAAACUCUCCAGAGAUCUGCAGGUGCUGUGGAUGCACGGAGAGAAAGGACAGGGACUCGCUCAGUUCUACAUCCCUCACAGCGUAGCGGUCGACGGCUACCAGAGGGUGUGGGUCGCAGACCGAGGAAACAAGCGCAUCCAGGUGUUUAACUCGGUGACGGGUGACUGGCUGGGCUCAUGGGGCAGCUGUUUUAAAGAGGACGCACCGUACUCCGUCAGGCUCACGCCGGAUCAGAAGUAUCUAGUGGUGGCUGAGCUAAACACCAAUCAGAUCACUCUGCUGGAGGCUCCGCCCAUCGGCAUCAUCGGUCAGUGUCAGGUGGUCAGCAGCAUCCAGCUGGCCGAAGACGUGAAGCCGCACCUGCUGGACGUGGAUCUGAAGAACGCAGCGCUGUAUGUGGCUGAAAUCGGGGCCAAUCAGGCGCAGAAGUUCGUUCCUGUCUAGAUGACGUCCAGCACUCAUAUUAAUAUUCACUUUACAAUCAAACUCUGACGGAAUGAUUGAUUUAGAGGAAUAAAGGGAUCAGAGGAGAUGGUUUUAAAUCCACUAUAUUUCCACUGUUGUUUGUUGUGCGUAUGGUGUGUAUGUUUAAUCUUGGUGUUUUGGAGAAUAUAAUGUUGAUGUGAAUUUAUAUGAUAAAUUAAGCUUUGUAUAUUAAUGUAUUAUUCCUGUUUUUGACCUGUACACACACGACCCAAGCCUCACAGUCUGUGUGCCAUGAUCUUCUGAUGACACCUUCAUCAUGUUUAUUAGCGGUGAUCGUGUGAUGGUCGUGGUUUAGUGUAGCUUCACAGUGAUCCCGAUCGCCGUGUUAGUGAAAUCUUGAUCUGUUUACAUUCACUGGUGUUGGUGUGGAAUAAUGUUUGAAUCAAACUCGAUGUGUAUUUUGUGUAAAUAAAGACAUUUGUAUUUAGGCUUGGGGUUGUGGGAAUGAUUCAGUUUUAAGAUCAAGUCAAGUCUCCUUUAUUUGUAUAGUGCUUUCUCAGUAUUUCUGUCUUGUUUUCCAGUGCAUGUGUCUAAAGAUUCUUAAAUUAAAAAAUCAUUUACUGGAUUAAAGAAAUGAGAAGAGA